AUGCAGGAGGACACUGCCAGCCCGUGUCCUGUCGUCAGUGCUUCUGGAGUUGUUAGCGUGACUGCUGGAACUACUGCUAAAGCUUCGAUUAUCAAUGCUUGCACUGUCACCACAACUGCGGCUCUUGCGCCAACCGAUCCUGGCGCGGAGCUCGUGCUUCAGCAAGCUGAAAGCACGCUACUGGAUGAAGAGACUAUGUACUCUUUGCUUCAGCAAGAUUCGAUGGCGAGUCCUCUAUCGUUUCACUGGCAGCUUCCACCUGCUAAUCUUCUGAAGUCAGCAUUGGGACGUGCAGCAUGGUUGAACACUCAAAUGCAGUGUUGGCAGCAAGCUUUUGUUGCCGACAUUCAGCAGUGUUCGCGUCACAUUCUAGGACUGCUGCCUCGCGAAGUUUUCGAUUCUGAGAAUCAGAGAUUGUGGCAAAUGCAACCAUCAGUGAUGCUGACAUUUUGUCGUGCUAUGGUAGCAGCUGAGUUACCCUAUACUGCUGUAUUCCGCAGUGUUGCAAAGGUCUGGGCGGCUAACGACCGCAUCAUUUGGGAAUUCGAAGCAAGCGGGAUGCCAGGACCCGCACUGGCACCUACUACUGCAAGUACGGGCCACAAAAGGUGGUACCAUUGCGGAGCCGACCUCACUCUUAUAGGGCUUUUCACGGCUGGACGAAUGUUGCGCACAUGUUCUGAAACGGUGGGCAUGCAGCCGGGUGAAACUCCUUAUGGCCUUUUCGGUCGCGCUGGGUAUGAUCUUGCUCCCAGGGAGAAUGCUCGGAAAGUGGCAGAGCUGCAAUCUCACUCCAAGAACCGCACUGGAGUCAUCGUGUCAGGCCACAAAAUGCUCGGAUCCAGCACGUAUUGGGAAACUUUGGCGUGCCGGGAGCAUGAAUUGGUCCGCAGUAGUUCUUCUGACAAACGAUGGGCCAUUCGGGAAUCUUCUGCUGCUGUAGAUCGCUGUUAUUUGGUAUGUGUCCGACCGCCCACCACAGUCCGUGUGCCGACGUGGGGCCAGCUUUUGUCCGACACUGCUUCCCAGUCCGCGAUCACAGCCUGCUUGAUGAAUGCGCCGACCGAAGAUUGGUGGUAG